AGCGCAAACCCACGCGAAAGCACCCCUAGCGGAAUGCCAACCACCGGCGGAUCGCUUUAGCUCUCUCCCACCUGAUGACGCGCUGUGAUGCAAAACAGGAAACGGGAUCUUGGGAGAGGCGGAAAUUGCAGCACCAGCGGAGCUAGGAGAAAGAGGAGACGCUGCAGCGGAGAAGGAAGGAGCCUGGGCAGCCGGGAAGUGGGCUGGGAACAAAAUGUGGAAAGCAAGUGCAGGCCACACUAUCACUGUCAACCAGGAUGAUGGUGCUGAUGACUGGGAAACAGAUCCUGAUUUUGUGAACGAUGUGAGUGAAAAAGAACAGCGUUGGGGUGCUAAAACUGUGCAAGGAUCUGGUCACCAAGAACACAUCAACAUUCAUCAACUGAGAGAAAAUGUAUUCCAAGAGCAUAAGUCUCUGAAGGAGAAAGAACUCCAGACGGGACCAAAAGCUUCCCAUGGCUACGGUGGGAAGUUUGGUGUGGAACAAGACCGCAUGGACAAAUCAGCUGUUGGUCAUGAAUAUCAGUCAAAGCUUUCAAAGCACUGUUCCCAGGUGGACUCUGUGAAAGGUUUUGGCGGAAAGUUUGGUGUGCAAGCAGACAGGGUUGACCAGUCUGCUGUGGGAUUUGAAUACCAGGGGAAAACAGAGAAACACGCUUCACAAAAAGACUACUCAAGUGGAUUUGGUGGGAAAUACGGAGUGCAGGCUGACAGAGUGGACAAGAGUGCCAUGGGAUUUGAUUACCAAGGAAAAACAGAGAAGCAUGAAUCGCAGAAAGAUUACUCCAAAGGUUUUGGUGGUAAAUAUGGUGUGGACAAGGAGAAAGUGGACAAAAGUGCUGUUGGCUUUGAGUACCAGGGCAAAACUGAAAAACAUGAAUCACAGAAAGAUUAUACAAAAGGCUUUGGUGGAAAGUUUGGGGUACAGACCGACAGACAGGACAAAUGUGCCCUCGGUUGGGACCACCAGGAAAAAGUACAACUGCACGAAUCUCAGAAAGACUACUCGAAAGGAUUUGGUGGCAAAUAUGGCGUUCAGAAAGAUCGGAUGGAUAAGAAUGCAUCAACUUUUGAAGAUAUUGAGAAAUUGUCUUCAACAUACCAGAAGACCAAGCCGGUGGAAGCUGCGAAUAGCAAAACCAGCAACAUCAGAGCUAACUUUGAAAAUCUAGCUAAGGAAAAAGAGGAGGAGGACCGAAGGAAGGCGGAAGUUGAAAGAGCUCAAAGAAUGGCCCAGGACAAACAGGAGCAAGAGGAAGCCAGGAGGACGCUGGAAGAACAAGCCAAAGCCAAGAGACAAACUUCACCUCCAUCUCCUGCUGCACAGCCUGUGGAAGAAAAGCUGCCUUCAAGUCCAGUCUAUGAGGAUGCUGUUUCCUUUGAGUCUGGCUACAAGAGCCCAAACACAACUUAUUCAGCUGUACAUGAGCCAGAAACCAACAGCAAAGCUGAAGAAUCUGACUACCAAGAAGCAGUCAGCCAGCGAGAACCAGAUUAUAAAUCUGAGACAGUGUAUGAAGUGGCUGGAGCAGGAAACCAGUAUCGAGCAGAUGAAAAUACUUAUGAGUAUGAAAAUGACCUUGGAAUAACAGCGAUAGCCCUAUAUGAUUACCAGGCUGCUGGUGAUGACGAGAUUUCCUUUGAUCCUGAUGACAUCAUCACUAACAUUGAAAUGAUCGAUGAUGGCUGGUGGAGGGGAGUGUGCAAAGGCAGAUACGGACUGUUCCCGGCUAAUUAUGUUGAACUGAGGCAAUAGAAAAUGAUGUCUACCAUUUAUGCCUUAAUACCGUGAUCAUUCAUCUGAUUUAUUACACUACAAAUCAUGUUCUUUUUCUGGAGGAUGGAGGGGUCUAUACAUAUUCCUUUUAUAUUUAAGAUAUUUUGCUGAGGCUUUUAAAAAUGUUUAUGGGCUCAGAAAUUGCUUAAUAUAUUGUAACUCUUAUGUUCCCCACUUCAGCCUGUUAGCAUAGGUUUUUUAUGCUUUUUGAAAAUGGGCCUUUUCUUUUUUCCUUUGCCAAAUUGGUGAUGGUGUUCAUAACCAUUUUUGAAGCAUUUUUGGUUCUUUCUGACAGUAAUUGCAUGUCUCAUUUUGGAUCUGUACAUAUACUGAAUUCCCAAGUAAUUAUGUCCAGCUACUCUUGUACCAAAUAUUGUCAGUUUUCCAGUUCUGAACCGUGUGAGUUUAUAUCACAUUUCCAUAUGUAGGGAACAUUACAGUGUGGAUGGGGAAGAGCGUAGGAAGGCCUGAGAGUUCAAUUGAUGGAAAUGACUCAGUACGCAAAGCCUUUUUACAUUGAUAAUAGGAAGGAUCCAGUGCAGAUAAAUUUCUUUCUCUUGAGAAUUAUACAUGUAUCCACUGGAAAGUUCUUUUGGGGAGCUGCCAUUUAUUUCAGUGGGGCUCGUCCAGAAGAUGCUCUCAAAGGAUUAAUGUCGUAAGAAUUUGCUGCCUGUGUUCUUCUCCAGGGGAAGCCUCCAAUAUCUUGGCAAAAAAAGAACUUGUAUCGCUUUUAAUCCUCUGUGCCCAGAACACUGUGAGAUUUUUGGUCUCGAAAGACUUGCUUAGAAGUGUCCAUUGUUGUCUUGAAAAGACUACCCACCUUGCUGGCAGCCUUCUGCUGGCAUUGAGACCUCAUCUGCUACCCACAGACCAUAGUGAUGCUACCAUGAAGAUUAAGGAUGGGCGAUAAGUAUGUACAUACGUCAUUGCUUUUGUACAUACUGGUUUGUAUGAUUUGAGGGGGUGAGAGGGCCCGCUGUGUAAUAAAUGUGUUAUGCAACCAUAUUUCACUUAAGGAAUAUUAAUAAGAGUAGCUUAAAACGUUGCACGUAAUCUCUACUAAGCAAUGUGCAUAGAACUAUCACUUUUUUAAUGUUCACCUGAAACUGCCAGUAACGCUCUGAAUAAACAGUAAAGGUGUAUCUGCCUUUUGCCAAAUGUUAAGCUGAAGUUCUUGCCGCUACUUCAGUGGGAUAAGUUGAAAAUUGGGUUAGUUAUUUUGAUUGCAUAAGCAUCCCUACCAAAGACAGUACCUACAUGUGUUCAGUGUGUGUGUCCUGUCCAUUUCUAUUUGAAUGGAGAAAUUCAGGGAGAAACUGCUCUAGCAAAAAAAAAAGAGAGAAGGAAAAGACUCAUAAUAAAGGCCAGUGGAAUAUAAAAAUAUUUAUAUAUAAUGGCAGUGUACAGUCUUUCUAGGAAGCCGGCAUUGGGGUGGAGUUGAGAGGGAAAGGUGUUGACUAGUUGAGACAUUAUUUAAAAGGAAUGUCAUUUUUACCUUAUGUUAUCUUGCCCACUGGUUUCUUUCUGUCUCCCAAUUGCAUUAAUAGUAUUAUGUUGGGUUGGGCCAGAUUUUAUAUGCAGUUUAUCUUAUCCAAUUUUGCAUAGGACACCUCAUAGGGUACAUUAUUCCUUUUUUUGUAAAUUAAAUAUUCAAAUAAACUUUUGGAACCAUC